CUGCUUUAAACCCUCUCCCAAAAUCAAAGAAAAAGGGAAAUUCAAGGAGGAAAAUCCUCAGAAAUUCUACCAGUUUCUAUCUUCCAUGCCCUAAAAAAUCCCGGAAAAUUUCAAUUCGCGUCAAUCAAACGCGACACGGAGAAUCUGCGUCGUCUGGAUUUAGAUUAAGGAAUCGGAGGCGAUGUUCGGUUCGUCGAGUCCAUUCGGGCAGUCAUCCAGUAGCCCAUUUGGGACCCAAUCAGUUUUUGGCCAGACAAACAAUGCCAGUAGCAAUCCAUUCGCUCCCAAACCCUUUGGCAAUACUAGUCCUUUUGGAUCUCCGACAGGUGGUUCGAUAUUUGGUGGCACAUCAACUGGUGUGUUUGGAGUGACACAGUCUUCUUCACCUCUAGCUUCUACACCUGCAUUUGGUGCUUCAUCAACACUAGGUUUUGGUGGCUCAAUGCCUGCUUUUGGGGCUUCAUCGACUCCUGCAUUUGGUAGUGCUUCAUCAACUCCUGCAUUUGGUAGUGCUUCGUCUUCUUUUGGUGGAUCUUCUUUAUUUGGGCAGAAGUCUACCUUCGGUGGCUUUGGAUCAACUUCCAGUCAAACUAGUCCCUUUGGUAGUGCAUUUCAACAAGCACAACCAGCAUUUGGGAGCAAUCUGUUUGGUUCCACACCUGCCUUCGGUGCAACAGGCACCCCAGCCUUUGGUGCAACAAGCACUCCGGCCUUUGGCGCUACAAGCACUCCAGCCUUUGGCACGACAGGCACCCCAGCUUUUGGUGCAGCAAGCACCCAGGCUUUUGGAUCUACAGCGACACCAACAUUUGGGAGCACAGGUACGGCAUUUGGAGUGUCUAGUGCACCAGCAUUUGGUUCUACUGGUACACCAGCAUUCGGUUCUACUGGUACACCAGCAUUCGGUGCUUCGAGCACACCUCUUUUUGGAUCUUCAAGCGCCCCUGCAUUUGGUGCUUCAAGUACUCCUGCAUUUGGUUCUUCUGCUAGUGCUUUUGGUGCUUCAAGUACACCUUCUUUUAGUUUUGGCUCCUCACCUGCCUUCGGUCAAUCUACUUCUGCGUUCGGUAGCUCGCCAUUUGGAACUACUCCGUCUCCUUUUGGUGUCCAGAGUUCUCCCUUUGCGUCUCAGGCAACAACACCAACAUUCGUUAGCCCCGGUUUUGGCCAAUCAGCUUUUGGGGGUCAACAUGGGGGAAGUAGGGUUGCAGCUUACACGCCAACCGCUGAGGUAGAUGGUGGCACUAGUACGCAGCCUGCUGGAAAGCUUGAAUCAAUAUCAGCUAUGCCUUCAUACAAAGACAAGAGCCACGAGGAGUUGAGAUGGGAGGAUUAUCAACGUGGAGAUAAAGGGGGGCCAAAUCCUACUGGUCAGCCUGCAGGUGGGAUUUUUUCUGCACCAAGUCAGUCAAAUCCGUUUGGUCCAACAGGCACAUUUGGUCAGACACCUGCAAACCCCUUCUCCUCUACAUCUUCCAACCCUUUCGCUCAAAAAACACCGACAUUUGGUAAUACUGGAUUUGGUUCAUCAUCCACUCCUGCAUUCAACUCACCAUUUGGUACAUCCUCAUCGAGCCCUUUCAGGGCAACCUCUACCCCAACUCCAUCCAUAUUUGGGGCACCCUCUGCGCCUGCAUUUGGAGCCAGCUCUUCUCCAUCUCCCUUCGGUGCAUCAAGCAUGCCUUCAAUUGGCUCUUCACCUUCACUUUUUGGUUCUUCUUCAGCACCAGGAACAGGUCCAGCAUUUGGUUCUAGCUUCGGCACCCAGUCAUCUGGAUUAUUCCAAUCUUCUACUCCUUCCCUUGGGCAGAUGGCACCUGCUUUUGUACAAACCCCCUUGUUUGGACAGACAACCCCCCCUGCAUUUGGUCAGACAAACCUAUUCAACCCACAAUCAACUGGGUUUGGUGGAAAUUCGUUCACAAGCAAUCCAUUGCCAUCACUACUUGGUACCAACAAUCCUGUGGGUUUUGGUCAAACAAUUCAGCCUUCUCUUUCUAGUGCUAUUCAACUGGGUGCACCUGCUCAGUCAUCAGGCGCCUUUUCCUUUGGCAACUUUGGUCAGACAUCAGCAGCUUCAAGUGGCUUUGGCGGCACAUCAAAUGUUUUUGGUCAGGGUACCUUUGGGCAAUUUGCUGCCAGUCAGAAUAAUGUGAUCGCGCAACCAGUGCCAGUUGAAAACCCAUUUGGAACACUCCCUGCAAUGCCUCAAAUGUCGAUUGGUCGUGCUGGCUCAGCACCCUCUGUCCAAUAUGGAAUUUCUAGCAUGCCUGUUGGCAACAAGCCCACUCUUGUCAGAGUUUCACCCUUACUGACUCCUAGGCACUUGUCUCAGAGAAGGAUUAGGUUGCCGGCAAGGAAAUAUCAUCCUAGAAAUGAUGGUCUGAAGGUGCCAUUCUUCAGUGACGAUGAAGAAACACCAAGUACGCCAAAGGCGGAUGCUCUUUUCAUUCCUCGGGAGAAUCCAAGGGCACUGGUUAUUCGUCCCAUGGACCAGUGGCCCACAAGAUCUAGUGCAGAAAAGCAGUCUCCAUUGAAAGAUACAGAUGCACCAGUUCAUCAAAAUGGCGUUUCCUUGAAAAAAAGAUAUGAUAUUUUCAAGGCCAAAUGUGGAAAAAGGAAAAAGUCUCGAGGGCAUAAAAACAUGGGCCAUGCUGUACUUCUAGUUGUGGGUAGUAUAAUCUCUGGGGAGGCAUCCGCUCCUGCUUUAAAUGGUUCCUUCUCUCAAGAUCAUGAUGUGAGUCCAUCAGAAAAUGGCCUUGAUAGCCAACAAAAUGUUUCUCCAGCCAAGUCCACACAAAAGCCACAGGGGACCCAUGAAGAUCAUGCUCACAAGGGGAAUUCUUACAUCACGAUCUCAGGCCACAGAGCUGGCGAGGCUGCAAUUGUGUACGAGCAUGGUGCCGACAUUGAGGCUCUCAUGCCAAAACUGCGUCAUGCCGAUUAUUACACAGAGCCCCGGGUCCAGGAGCUGGCAGCCAAAGAGCGGGCUGAGCCAGGCUAUUGCCGCCAUGUGAAGGAUUUUGUUGUCGGGCGGCACAGUUAUGGCAGCAUAAAAUUCCUAGGAGUGACCGACGUGCGACGGCUCGAUCUUGAGUCCCUCAUUCAGUUCAACAACCGUGAGGUGAUCGUGUACAUGGACGAGAACAAGAAGCCCCCCAUAGGACAAGGCCUCAACAAGCCUGCAGAAGUAACACUCCUCAAUAUAAAAUGCAUCAAUAAGAAGACGGGAGAGCAGUACACAGAAGGGCCCAAGGUUGAAAAGUAUAAGGAGAUGCUGAUGAAGAAAACUCAAGAUCAAGGUGCCCAGUUUAUUUCUUAUGACCCAGUCAAAGGGGAGUGGAAGUUCAACGUUGAUCACUUCAGCCGGUAUGAAUUCUGCGACAUUGAGGAUUUUUGUGCAAGCUUCUUUUCAAAUUGCAACUUAUGUUUGUGUAGCAUUUCAGAUUGCAAGAAGUAAGACCGUUUUUGCACACUGAAGUAGAUAAAAGAGGCAUGUUUGUCUUGCAUCUGUUUUUUUUUUUUUUUGUCCCACUUUAUAAAGUGGAGACAGUUGGGUCUGUAUAGAAUGCUUGCAUGGGUGGUGUGUGGUGAGGAUUGGUUGGUGCGUGCAUGGUCUUGUUAUGGUCUUUUCAUGAAGUUUGUUUGCAUUGGUUGA